CUCAGGAAAUAGAAGCCACACGUACAUAAAACACAUGUGGGGCUUGGGGGGGAGAAAAGUUGCUCACGGAGGGUUUCCUCUUUUUUUUUCCGGAUCCAGGAAACUACAGCUCGACAUGCUUCAUGUCAUGUUUGUUUUGUCAGGAUGUGUGACUUUGGGCGUUCGCCGUGCUUUGUGUCUGAAACCAUGGGGGUUUGAAAUAUUCUGAGUUCGAGGCAGAGCCAUGCGACCCUGCAGGGCUUCGUGGCACCAGAACUCUGCUGUGUGUGCUGCUGACAAAAAGGAAAUUCUUGCCAACAGGUCAGCAAAGUGAGCGAGCCAUCCAGAGGAGGGGAGAUGGAGGCAGCCGCUUUCGAGUACCACAAGAAGGAGGAAGCCCUGGAGGUGGAGUCUUUUCAGGGAGAGAAGAGGAAGCUCAUCCAGCCGACAUCCUUGAAAGACCCCAAGCUUGAAAACCUAAAGCAGGCCUUGGUGGACUGGAUCAAUAAGACUUUGAAAGCAGAGCACAUCGUGAUAGAGAGUCUGGAGGAGGAUCUGUACGAUGGACUCGUCCUUCAUCACCUGCUGGCCACAUUGGGCAACGUGAAGAUAGACGUGGAGGAGAUAGCGCUGACCAGCUCCUCUCAGCUCCAUAAGCUGGAAGCCAUCAUGAAAGAGCUGGACAAGAUGCUGGGUGUGGAGGACGGCUGCCCGAUCAAAUGGGACGUCAGACGCAUCCACAGCAAAGAUCUCCUAGCUACCAUCCAUCUGCUGGUUGCCAUAGCAAAAACCUUCCAACCUGAUCUAAAUCUACCGCCGAAUGUGAAGAUUGACGUUGUCAUAGUAGAAGUGAGCAAGAGCGGAAUCAAAUCUGAGGUGCAGACCGAAGUCCUGACAGAGGACAGCAAUGCAGGCUCAGACUCCUCCGGCUAUCCUGAAAGGGAAGAUCCCAUUGAGCAACUGCUGAAGCUUGAGGCUAACAAGGUCAACACAGUGAAGAAGGCCAUCUUACACUUCGUCAACCAGAACAUGGCAACCCUGGGUCUGCAGGUGGCUGAUAUGGACAAACAGUUUGCUGAUGGAGUGAUAUUGCUGCUGCUGAUUGGUCAACUGGAAGGCUUCUUCAUCCCGCUGGUCGACUUCCACCUGACCCCUGUUAACGACGCUGAGAUGCUUCAUAAUGUGACGUUAGCUCUGGGUCUCCUGGAUGAGAUUGGCCUGCAGCUGCCCAGUAUUGACCCGCAAGAUAUCGUCUCUCAGGAUGUCGCCGCCACCUUGAAGGUCCUUUACGCCCUGUUCAGGAAGCACAAAAGGAACUGAGGGAGGAAGACGAAGACGAGCCGAGCUGCUGGAAAUGAGCAAGAAGACUGGAGGGGAAAGUGAUCACUGUGUAAUUUAUUGCUGUAUUUUUUCUUUUUUGGGUCAUACAAAUUUAGAUUUAAACAGUGGGAUCUAUUUUGGAACAUUUUUAGCUUUUAUGAAAAGGCUAAAUGUGUGUGUGUUUUUUUAUAUAGAUUUUUUUGUAAAUAUCUUGAGAACUCGGGGAGAAAAGUAUAUCUUCUCUUGAAAAAAAGUAUUAAAUUGUACUUUUAUUAAAUUGGAGGACAGCAAAUACUUCAAAGUUCAAUGAGUCAAAAAACCUGAUAUUUCUUGAAGACUGUGCACACCUGACAGAGCCUCAGGUAGAGAAGCAUGACUGAGGCAGCCGAUUGGAGUCAGUUUAUGCAAAGAAAGCUCAACGUCCAGAAAACUGCUAACAUCUGACUGGCAUAAUGGGGAAAAAGACGACUGGCAGCAGAAAAGGAAAAGAAAGAGUCAUUCACAGUUUAGACCAGAUUUUUGUUUUCCAGGUUUUCCGUGCUGAAACGUCUCAGUGUUGGGCCAAAACAGAAAGAUUUUUACUGUUACCACUAAAACCUUUGCAAAGUUUUGUCUACUUUUAUAUUUCUGAAUGUUAUUGUGAAUAAUAUGUUUCUCUGACAGUGACAGUAUCAACAUCAGCCAUUAGAGUUUUAAUGGACGACGAACAAGACUUGCUGUACGUAGAUAAAGAAAUAUUCAAGGUACGGCAUGUGGAUGUAACUUAAUUGACUGGAUAAAUAUUAGGUCAUAUGUGUUCUUGGUUGUGUAUGGAGUUCAAUAAAGCUUCACUCCCUGGUAAAACAA